AUGCGUGAGGCAUUUUGCGUAACGCAUUUGGUGCGAAACUUCAACUCCAAAUUUGGUUCUGACCUGGAUGGGAAGAUUGAGCUUGCUGCUGCAGCAUUGACACGUGAUGUGCAUCGAGGGAUGAUGGAGAAGAUAGAGGAGGAGUGUCCAGGGGGGAGAGAGUACUUGGAGAAAGAUGAGGGGAUUGCUGGUGAGGAUGAAGAGGCUGUAGUUGGGGAAGAGGAGUUUGAUAGUGACACGGAUUGUUCUAGUGAGGACUCAGAUGAUGAAAUAUUGGAUGAAGCUGUUCACAGGGAUGAAGCAGAGGUGAGCGCUGCACCACAAGAGGCCACAAGAGGGAGGGGAGGAAGGACAGGGAGGGGAGGAAGGACAGGGAGAGGAGGAAGGACAGGGAGAGGAGGAAGGACAGGGAGAGGAGGAAGGACAGGGAGAGGAGGAAGGACAGGGAGAGGUGGAAGGGUUGGACCCGGAGUGGAGGCGGGGAGUGGUGGAGCAGCAGAUGGGGGAUUGGAGGCGGGGAGUGGUGGAGCAGCAGAUGGGAGAGUGGAGGCGGGGAAUGGUGGAGCAGCAGAUGGGGGAGUGGAGGCGGGGAGUGGUGGAGCAGCAGAUGGGGGAGUGGAGGCGGGGAGUGGUGGAGCAGCAGAUGGGGGAGUGGAGGCGGGGAGUGGUGGAGCAGCAGAUGGGGGAGUGGAGGCUGGGAGUGGUGGAGCAGCAGAUGGGGGAGUGGAGGCGGGGAGGGGAAGAAAUCUGGGGAGGGGAAGAUGA